CCUUUCUACAAUGGCAGACGUAUCUGUUAAGGGAAGCGGUGUUUUAUUGCCUCUUCUUAUGUCUUUUUUUCUGGCUGUCUGUCUUCGAAUAGACCAUCUCCAGAACGUAUAUAUUGUCAUCGUGCGAUGCAACUUCCAGCUCAGAAGAUGUGUUGCUCAUGCGGGAAUGCUAAUUUGUAUAAAACCGAGUUCCUUUGGUAAUGUGCGAAGAAGUUAUCCCAAAGCUCCCUUUGGUCGGGACAAUACAGAGUAUAAAAGAAUGCAGCCACAAUCUUCCAUUUCAUGUCCUCAUUUAGAGGCCUGAAUGUACUAGACCCUAUUCUCACUCACCAGACAGAUAAGUUUCCUAUGCCUGAAUUGUAU